GCGGCGCGCCCCUGACAGCCCACUCGUGCUGCUCGCCGUACUGUAAUCAUAUGAUCUUGGAUCGAGACCCGCCGCUGAACACCGACACACCGGGCGGACAGUGACGGAGCAGCCGGGCGGAGGACACCAGUUGACGGGCCAUUCCUGCGGUUUCCCUGUAGCCGUUGAAGAAGAAAGUCAAGUGCGUUGAAGUGAAAGCCCAGAAGUCUCUAAAAGAAAAAGAAAAAGAGCCAAACUCCUUUCAAAAAAAAGAAAAAGAAGGAACUUUUUUCAAACUCCGGACAGAGUUGGACCGGGGAGGAGGGGAGGGGCGGGGGGACAGAAGCGCAGUCAGUUCAACCGGUGCUGAGAUCCAAGUUCGAUCCGCUAACGGAGAGGCGGUCAGCGGGUCCCCUGGGGUCCCCUUCGCAUCGCUUGUGUCCGGGCGUGUGCGUGUGCGUGAGCGCGUGUUUUUUUUUCUUCUUCUUCUUCCCCCCCCCCCCCCCCCACCACAAAGUUUCUCCGCUGACGUUCAGCGAGGUCACUUGAUUGUUACAAGUUGAAGCCAUGGUCGGAGAGACAGAGGUGAAGGAGAGACCCAAGUCCAACCCGGACUACCUGAUGCAGCUGAUGAACGACCGGAAGGUGAUGAGCUCCCUGCCCAACUUCAGCGGCAUCUUCACGCACCUGGAGCGCCUGCUGGAUGAAGAAAUCGGCAGAGUACGCAAGGACAUGUACAACGACACGGUGAACGGCGGCAUGUUCAACGGGCGCGACAUGGAGGAGCUCCCCGAGGCCGUCGGCCCCGUGGCUCAGCUGCAGGAGAAGCUCUACGUGCCCGUCAAAGAGUACCCCGACUUUAACUUCGUAGGGAGGAUCCUGGGCCCACGUGGACUGACAGCAAAACAGCUGGAGGCAGAGACCGGAUGCAAGAUCAUGGUGCGAGGAAAAGGCUCCAUGAGGGACAAGAAGAAGGAGGAGAUGAACCGAGGGAAGCCCAACUGGGAGCACCUCAGCGAGGACCUCCACGUCCUGAUCACAGUGGAGGACACACACAACCGGGCCAAGAUCAAACUCCAGCGGGCCAUCAACGAGGUCAAGAAACUUCUCGUGCCAGCUGCCGAGGGGGAGGACAACCUGAAGAAAAUGCAGUUGAUGGAGCUGGCGAUUCUCAAUGGGACCUACAGAGACGCCAAUGUCAAGACGCCCACCGCUGGCUUCCAACUGGGGACGCCUCAGGGGCCUCGGAUCAUCACGGGGCCGACGCCCGUCCUGCCUCCCUCCAUGCGCAACCCCACCCCCGUCAACACGCCCACCCUCAUGCCUCUGAUUCGUCAGAUCCAGAGCUCCGCCCUCAUGCAGGGAGGCAACCCGCACCAGACGCUGCUGCAGCAAGGGCCCGAAUCCGGAAUCAUCUACACGCCCUACGAGUACCCCUACACACUCACGCCCUCCAUAUUGGAAUACCCGAUUGACUCGACUGGAGUUUUAGUCCCUUCUUCCUGUGUUUUUGCAGGUAUGGCUUUCCCCACCAAAGGCUAGGCGAUAGCAUCCCUUCCUAGCACACACACACACGGACUGGCUUGCAGAGACCCCCCGCCCCCCCCCAUCCCAACUCCUACUUUAGGAUGACAGAUUCCUCGACAGUCAUUCUGUAGUCAAGUGUCCAUUCCUGUCCAUUUCCUCUUUGUAUUAGCAGACUAGUGAUGUGGUGUGACAGCUAUUUAACUUCUUUUUAAUAGAUCAGCUUCUGCUUGUAAUUUUUAACACUUUUUUUUCGUGAACCGAUAGAUAUUUUUAGCGCCGCUGUUUGUGAUUUUUAAUAUAUGUUAAAGCUUAUUUUAAUCACAGAGCUAUAGAGUGACUUUUGCUUACAGCCAACGUUGAAUCUGCUAGUGAAGCUUAGUAAGAAAUUAGUGGUUUGGAUUAAUAUUUUCUUUAGAGAACAGAAGACCACGAAACAACGAGAACUCUGUCUCUUAGAAGUGAGAUGUUUUUGAUUUACUUUCACCCUCAGCCUUGAACACUUUUGUAAAUUCCUGCUUUCACUGAUGUCGGUGCCAUGGGUGGACUGUUUGAUGUCUUUCUGAUGAGUAACCUUCUGUGUUCUGUUUUGGCAACGUCGAUGGCUGUUAGCAGGUGCCAUGACCACUAAGGUACGACGCCACGACAAGAGAAUCCAUCCUUACCAAAGGGUAGUGACCCCAGACAGAGGUUAGUUAGCUCACCAGCCACUUUAUGUGUAUGUGUGUGUGUGUGUGUGUGUGUGUUAGUGUGCGUGCAUGCAUGCAGACCAAUGGACCAAAAUCAGUUUACACGCGUCCGUGAUACGGCAUGCCUUUUAAAAAAAAGAAAAA